AUUAUUCUCCCCUAAAUUACCGUUCCUCUUUUUCCCUUCUUUAUCCUCCAUGGCCGUUUCCCCCACUCUGUACACCUUCUCUAUUAUCUUUUCUCUGUGAUUUCAGCGGCCAACACUGAUCUUGAUGGAAAGAAUGUAAUUGUUACAGGGUUAGAUGGUGAUUACUUGAGCUGUGGCAGGUCACUCUUAUGGUUUCCGUGGACUAGUGGUGAUGAAUACAUAAUUUCAGGGCAAUUCUUUCCUUAAGCAGUCCUGAUGAGUAAAGUUGGUUUUGUUUCUGAUAUCAACAAUGAACUUCAUAUCGAUUUUGCGAAAACAGAGGAUCACUAGUGCAAUUCAUCAAACAAUUGUUGUAUCUUUGUCCAAACAAACUAUUCAUUCAUGUCACAUUUUUUGUUCGAAAAUAUCCGAUGCAAAUUUUACUUCAGAGAAUUCAGAAUCAGAAAAGGAAGAAAGGUUGGUAGAUCAGGGAAUGGUGGCAACAAGGAACAACUUAAGUCAAAGAAUUGAAAGAGUACCCAUAGGAGAGUCCAUUGGAUCCACUUUCCAAAGCUGGAUGGGUGAUGGUCUACCUAUUCAUAGAGGUGACAUUUUCCACACUAUGAAUCGUUUGCGCAAACUCAAACUCAACAAGCGUGCUCUUGAGGUUCUUUUACUCUGUCCUUUCUUGCCAAAUUUGAAAAUGGGCAUUUAUCUAUUAUGAAGAAUUCAACCUACUGAGAAUAUCACUAGGGUGCACUUUACAUGUUUGUGUAAGAUAUCUAAGGGUAGUAGUAGUGAAGGAAGUCGGGGAAGAGGAAAACUUUGUCUUGAUCUAUUCUGUCAUGUUUCAGGUGAUGGAAUGGGUUAUAAGGGAGAGACCAUACAGACCAAAGGAACUAGAUUACUCAUAUUUAGUAGAAUUCACUUCUAAGCUUCAUGGGAUAUCACAAGCUGAAAGCCUAUUCUCACGAAUUCCGUCUGAGUUCCAAAAUGAGUUGCUCUACAACAAUCUUAUACUCGGAUGCUUGGACAGAGGACUGAUAAGGCUUUCACUAGCAUAUAUGAAGAAAAUGAGAGAACUGGACCAUCCCAUAUCUUAUUUGGUGUUCAAUCAUCUCAUCAUUCUCCAUUCCUCCCCAAGCCGCAAGAAGUUCAUUCCUAAAAUCUUGACGCAGAUGAAAGCCGAUAAGGUUACUCCACAUGUUUCAACCUUCAAUAUUCUGCUCAAGAUAGAAGCAAAUCAACACAAUAUUGAAGGCCUAUUGAAAGUUUUUGGUGACAUGAAGAGAGCAAAAGUUGAACCGAAUGAGGUAUCUUACUGUAUAUUGGCCAAUGCACAUGCUGUGGCUAGAUUGUAUACAGUUUGUGAGACCUAUAUUGAAGCUAUUGAGAAAUCUGCAACUGGACAAAACUGGUCUACAUUGGACAUUCUGGUCAUACUCUAUGGAUAUCUGGGAAAGCGGAAUGAUUUAGAGAGGACAUGGGGUGUCAUUCUGGAUCUUUCCCAUGUUAGGUCUAAGAGUUAUGUCCUGGCGAUCGAAGCAUUUGGUAGGAUCGGAGAUCUCUGUCGAGCUGAAGAGCUGUGGUCUGCAAUGAAAUCAAGGAAUUCUUUGAAGUCAAAUGAGCAGUUCAAUUCGCUGAUAGCUGUAUAUUGUAGACAUGGACAUAUCACCAAAGCCACUGCAUUGUAUAAGGAGAUGGAGAAAAGUGGGUGCAAGCCAAAUGCCAUUACUUAUCGGCAUCUUGCUCUUGGUUGCUUGAGAGCGGGGUUAAUUAAGGAGGCCAUCAAAACUCUUCAAUUGGGGAUGGAUAUGGAAACAAGCAUAAAGGUGAAAAGAUCAACUCCAUGGUUGGAAACUACUCUUUCAAUAAUUGAAAUAUUUGCAGAUAAUGGUGAUGUAGAGAAUGCUGAAAAGUUGUUUGAAGAACUGAAGAAAGCGAAUUAUACUAGGUAUACCUUUGUAUACAAUGCGUUAAUCAAGGCGUAUGUUAAGGGGAAGGUAUAUGAUCCAAAUCUUCUUAAAAGAAUGAUUCUUGGAGGGGCUAGGCCAGAUUCUGAGUCCUAUAGCCUUUUGAAAGUUAUUGACCAAUUUCGAACGUGAUUAUAUUAGAAUUAUGUUGUGUGAUUUUGCACUCCUACUUCAAAUUACUCGGCUAAGAGUAGUCCUAUUCUGCGGCUCUGCCAAUUGCUGAAGAUAGCUAUACUUCAGUGUGCCCGUUCUUUUCGAGUCUUGGAGAGAUGAUGGCAGUUUGGCCAAUAUAAUGGGGAAAAGAAGAGAGCAGAAUCAGGAAUUGAUGAACAAAGAUUAGAAAAAUCUGCAACAGAGUAUCAGGAAUUGAUGAACAGAGAGGAGUUUUGUGAAGAUUGCAGCUGAAUGGGACAAGGACGAGGCUGAGGAUGGACAAUCGUUAGCAGAUGCUAAGCACCAAAGACACAAAUGCUUGACCAAAAACCAGUUAUUUUAUCAGCUACUAUCCGAGCUUUUCCAGACCCACUUGUGGAAUUACACUGAGUAUAUUGUUGUUGUACUAUCCAAGCUUCCUCUUACACCAGAUCCUCUUUCUUGGAAUAAAUAUCACUUUUCUGAUAGACUAUUUUGUCACAUAUACUUUAUAAUAAGGUUAAUUAUGACAGCAUGUCCUUUUUCAUCUUGA